GUUAAAAGACGUUAAAUAUUUAAGCAAUAUAAACAACAGUUAUGUUCAUCAAUCACAUGCAAAUACGGCUAUCUGAACUUCGGGACUUCUCACUGAGGCUACAAAAUCAAUUGACAAUGGUUUUUAUCGCAGUUAGAAAGUUUUUUAACGCAAAGUGUGGAAUAUAAAUCUUCUAUCUGAGAAAACGAGAAGCAUUUUCGACGAAGAAUUGAAUGUUUUGUACAAACCACCAAUGAAUGGUAAAUUAACAUGAGUGGACAUCGUAAACCAAGUCUGACACGUUUGCUGAGCUCAAAAAACGCAGCUGAUCUUAAUGUGCUGUUAAGCAACGAAGUACAAAUAAGUGACAAUGUCCUACAGAAAUGUACAGCUGCUUUAGAAUCAUUUAUUGAACACCUCAACAGCAGGCUUCAGACAAGAAAAGAAUUUCAAGAAAUCCUCAUUGGAGGAUCUCUUGGUACGAAAACAGAAAUCAACAGCGAAGAUGAUGUUGAAGCAACAUUACACGUUAUAUAUGCACAUGGUAAUGAUGACGUCACAAAAUGUAUGACAUCAUUCAAGGAUAAUCUAUCCAGUAUCACAGCAUCUAUGCAAGCUCAUAUCAGAGAUUAUGAAUCAAAUAUAGAAAUAGUCGAUAGGGAUGAUGGCAGUAUGUGCUGUACCUUGAUAAUUCUAGAUUGUCCUAUUGAUGUUGAAUUGGAAAUAAUUCCAUCAUUUGGAUGGGACGUUCACGAUGGUGACUUUGAACGAUUUAACAGAUUUGAGAAAAGCAGGUUUUGGAAGAGAGAGUUUUGGUAGUAGAGAAGUUUUGGUA